CGGUGGGAUCUUGUUGGGGGCGUGAGCUCGGUCGCAGGGGGUAGUUAGUUGGAUCGAGGGAGACAUGGCCGGGCAGGACAAGAGGUGUUUGCCCUUGAUGCCGGCGUGCAACGGCGAGCACGGCGGCAAGAAGGCGCGGCACCAGGCCCUGGUGCCCGUGGUGAAGCAGGAGCCGCGGCAGGAGGCGGAGGAGGAGGAGUGGGAGGAGGGGGAGCUGACGUCCCAUGGCGGCAGCCCGGGAGCGGCGGCUGCGGCGGAGGCCCUGGUGGGGGCGGCGCCCGCGCCCGCGCCGCCGCAGAUCGACGUGAGGAUGGACAUGGCGCUGCUCCACUGCCAGACCUGCUUCCUCCCCCUCAAGCCCAGCGUGUUCAAGUGCGAGGCCGGGCACGUGGUGUGCGGCUACUGCCGCGGCGCGCACGGCGAGGCCUGCGGCCGCGCCGACACGCACUGCCCCGAGCUGGACGCCGUGGUGGGCGGCACCAAGGUGCCGUGCGCGUACCGGGACUUCGGCUGCGACCGGUUCCUCGUGUACCACGGCGCCGCGGAGCACAAGCGCGCGUGCCCGUGGAUGCCCUGCUCCUGCCCGCAGCCCGGCUGCGCCUUCCUCGGCCCCCCGGCGGCGCUCCUCGACCACUGCUCCGCCGAGCACUCCCGGCCCAUCAUCCAGGUGCGCUACGGCCGGCCCUGGGCGCUCAGCCUGCCGCUGGCGCAGCGCUGGCACGUGGUGGUCGGGCAGGAGGACCGGAGCGUCUUCCUCGUCUCCCUGGCCGACCUGGGCGUGGCGGCCACCGCGGUGUCGCUGCUCUGCGUCAGGCCCGACGGCGCCGUCGCGCUGCCCGCGGCGCCCCACUUCUGGUGCAAGCUCUCGGUGGAGCACCCGCGCGGCGACAAGGACGAGAUGAUCAUGAUGGCUUCGGCCGUGAGCAGCAGCCCCCUGUCCGCCGGCCUGCCGGUGUCCGGCCAGGGGAUGUUCUUGGCGGUGCCGCACUUGUUGAUGUCCGGCGACGUGCUUGCCAUCAGCGUCCGCAUUGAUCAGCUCCAGCCUCCUCCUCCCGCCUCCACUGCUGUCGCGGGCAGGGCACCAGCGCCAGCAGCACCAGCCCAUGCUAGGACAACAACCAGGAGGCUCCAAUGA